AUGGUGGAUGACCCGACCAAUCCAAACAAGUAUGAGGGCAUCUACAUCAUUCUCGGAAUUCCUAAGCCAAACACUUACUGGAUCCGAGAGCGAGACACCGGUGAAGAACUCACCGUAUGUGUCGACCGUUUGAAGCCGUACCUAAACCCGGACGGCCCAAGUCGCCGAAUCACCCGUUCAACCAAGAAGAAGGGUGGCGACGCAGAACCUGAACCCACAGAGUCGGAAGGUGCAACCACCAAACUGGAGAAGCUGCUGAAGAAGCAAAAGCCCGGAAAGGGCCCUUCCAAGAAACUCGUGGAAGAGCAGCAAAAGACUCUGAAGAUACCUGGCCUUAAAGGGCCCGAACCACAACCUGAAGAACCGGCCCCGAAACGUGGCCGUGGCCGGCCUCGGAAGGCCAAACCGGACUUCGAAACGCCAGCCUUGACCAAACUCCAGAACCAGCCAUUAGCCGUCAUUGACCCAGAGUCAGUACCCGCGGGACCCGAUAAACCAACGGCCGCACCUGACAAACCUGAACCUAAGCCAAGUCUACCAAGUCAGAGCCUGCCUGAAAAGCCAAAAAAGCUAAAGACCCUUAAAAAGCCGAAGGCAACCCUUACGGCUCAGCAGGUCCUAGAAGAGGACAGAGUCGCUGAUGAUGAGGCAGACAAAGACCUUCUCACCCGCAUAACUGUGGGCCGAGAAAAAUCAGAGAAAACCUUAACCAGCAAAAAGCAGAAGGCCAAUACGCUCCAACCGGGCGUAUUGGACAAGACGGUUGAUAAGGCUGGACAGAAUGACUUAAAAUAA